AUGGACUCACCUGCACAGCAUAUCCCUCCUCCAGGAGCUGCAGAAACAAUGCCCGGUGAUCUCCAGCCGCCAAAGGUUGGGCAAAAAUCUCACGCUUUUGACAGACUGCAUACGACCCCUAGGGAUGUCCCUGAAGGAAUUAGAACUCCGAAGCGACAGCAUUCAUCUAGAUUUGAUAUUUCUGACCAGCGUCAGAGGGACCUUGAGAAGCUGCCCGGAUUUCACGAAGUACCACCAAACCGCCGUCAAGAUCUUUUUAUGCAGAAAAUUGAACAGUGCAAUAUUAUCUUUGAUUUCAAUGACGCUUCUGGAGAUAUGAAAUCGAAGGAAAUCAAGAGACUCGCCCUCCAUGAAUUACUGGAUUAUGUUGCCAACAACCGAUCUGUUAUCACAGAUUCCAUGUAUCCGAAGGUAGUAGAGAUGUUUGCCAAGAAUUUGUUUCGACCAAUUCCUCCCCCCGUCAAUCCUCAAGGAGAUACAUUCGACCCUGAAGAGGACGAGCCGGUCUUAGAAGUGGCUUGGCCUCACAUUCAAGUGGUUUACGAAUUUUUCCUUCGGUUUAUUGAAAGUCAAGAUUUCAAUACCAAUGUUGCUAAAGCCUACAUCGACCAUCAUUUUGUUUUGCAACUUUUGGAAUUGUUCGACUCAGAAGAUCCUCGAGAGCGCGAUUUUCUCAAAACUACCCUACAUCGUAUCUACGGAAAAUUUUUGAACCUUCGCUCGUACAUUCGAAAAUCAAUGAACAAUGUAUUUUUUCAGUUUAUGUAUGAGACAGAGCGGUUUAACGGCAUUGCGGAGCUUCUGGAAAUUCUUGGCUCUAUCAUAAACGGUUUCGCCUUGCCGCUGAAAUCGGAGCACAAGACAUUUCUUACGAGGGUAUUAAUUCCACUUCAUAAAGUCAAGAGCUUAAGCAUGUAUCAUCCUCAGCUAGCGUACUGCAUUGUGCAGUUUCUUGAAAAGGACUCGACUCUCACUGAAGAUGUUGUGCUUGGCCUCCUUCGUUUCUGGCCGAAAACCAACAGUACAAAGGAAGUGAUGUUUCUCAAUGAGGUUGAGGAUAUUUUUGAAGUCAUGGACCCCGCAGAAUUUGCGAAGGUCCAAGAACCUCUUUUUCACCAGUUGGCAAAAUCAGUUGCUAGCUCUCAUUUUCAGGUCGCCGAGCGUGCGCUGUAUUUCUGGAAUAAUGAGUAUUUUUGUAAUCUCGUUGGCGACAAUGUCGAGACCAUACUUCCUAUCAUGUUCCCCUCGUUGUAUGAAAACUCGCAGGGGCAUUGGAACAGGACGAUACACAGCAUGGUUUACACUGCAAUGAAAAUGUUUAUGGAAAUCAACCCUCAAUUAUUCGAUGAUUGUUCACAUGAAUACCGGGAACUUAAAAGCAGCGCUCCUGCGCGUGAACAGAGCAGAAGAGCUAAAUGGGAUCGGUUGGAAGCACUGGCAAAAACCCAGCGUAGCGGCGAUAAUACUAUAUGUACUCCUGCCAAACCGCUCACUAUACUCCCUCCCCACUCAGAGGACCCUGAGCUUAUCACCCAAGACCACCGACAACGGCUCAAUGCUCUGAAAUUGCAAGACGAUACUACCACAAGCAAGGAUUCCAACCCGCACCGGUCCUCCGAGGGAGAGGUACAAAAUUCGGUUAGUGGCUCAAAUAUUGAUUGA